UCAAGACAACGUUCAUUUAUUAUAAUUCCUUAUGAAUAAUUUUUUAUCUUAAAAGUUAACUUUAUCUUUCCUUAUUAUUUGGAUUGAUUAAAAGUCAAUGAUAAUUGGUCCUCGAAUCAUACUCGCGUUAACAAGUAUCGGCUAGACACACGAAAAAAAUGGACACCAAAGAGCUUAUACUAGAUGCAGUCAACUGCAUCCUUAAAUUAUUGUUCUUCUUUUUCAUACUCUUACCAUACUUCUACUUCGAGGCAUUGAUCAACAAAUUCACCAAAAAAGAACCGAAAUCGGUCAAAGGAGAAAUCGUACUGAUCACUGGCACCGGUCGAGGUAUAGGAAGACUAUUGGCAAUAAAAUAUGCCAAAGAGGGAGCCACUGUGGUCUGUUGGAACAGGACCGAGGAACUUAACAAUAAAACUGUCGAGGAAAUUAAACAGCUUGGAUAUCCCAAUGUAUAUGGUUAUAAAGUAGAUGUAUCAAACAGAGAAAACGUAAUGCAAACGGCCCAACAAGUGCGAGAACAAGUCGGCGAUGUGACGAUAUUAAUAAACAACGCAGGCAUAAUGCCCCACCACUCGUUCCUGGAUCACACCGAGCAGGAAAUCAGGAAAAUAGUGGACACUAACUUAAUGGGACACUUCUGGACCAUCCAAGCAUUUUUACCUGCAAUGAAGAAGAACAAUAAGGGGCAUAUCGUCGCGUUAUCUUCAAUGGCUGGUAGAUUAGGGCUUAUGAACUUGGUCCCUUAUAGUGCUUCCAAGUUUGCCAUCAGAGGGCUUAUGGAAGGGUUACAGGAAGAAUACAGGCGGAUUCCUAAUAAUAACGUACAUUUUACCACCAUCUACCCUUAUAUGGUGGACACCGGUUUAUGUAAAUAUGUGGAAAUUACCCAUCCAUCAUUGUUAAAAAUGUUAAAAGCUGAAAAAGUGUGCGAGGAAAUUUUCCAGGCACAAACCCUUAAUAAAACUCACGUGAGGCUAGACAAAUUUGUGGAUAUCUUCGGUAGUAUUAAGGAAAUGUAUAUACCAACCAGGGCGGCCGAAUACUUGUCGGAUAACUUUAGGACCGAUUUGCUCUCCGAUUUGGAAAUGGACCAAAACGGACUGGAAACCAAUAAAACCAAAUAAAUUUUUUUUAAUAAAUUAUUUAAGAAAAUAAACGAUUAAUUGGC